AUGGGCUGCUGUGUUCAGCUUCUCACCUUAGCUAGUAUCAGUGCAGAGAGGUACCAGGCUAUCGCUCACCCUUUCAAAACGAGCCAAAGGAAAAGGAGAGUUAAAAUAUGGAUACCUCUCACAUGGACCCUAGCAGUGCUCGUGUCAUCCUUCUGUAUCACAAUUGCUGAAGACACUCCAGUUUACGUGAAGUGCAGAGGGAUACGGGUGGAAGUUCUUACAUCCUUUGACACUUUUGGGCUGUACAUCCUAGUGCCGAUUUGGUUUGCCUCAUUGACAGUCAUUAUUGGGUUCUACGGCCGUAUAUUUAUCGUCGUGAGAGCUCACACCAAGAAAAUCUUCGACAAAGGAACUUCCUCUCUUCCCCCGCCGGCGAAGAAGGGUAAAGAUGUCAGAAUCGACGGAAAACAGCUAGCAGACAAGACAAAUUCUGAAGAGGAAAAUAAAUCAAAGGCUAAUAAUGACACACGUUGGUUAGGUAAUAAAGCAUCACUAACUGCGGUAGUCAAUCCUAAAGCAGGCACGAAGACAUCGGUACCCAUUGACGCUGAAGUGUAUACAGCAUCAGCAGCCGCCUUCUCCGAUUUACCUGUUGCAGGAAAUCGAUCAGUGGCUCUACCAAGUAUAUCUGUCAUUCCAGAGGAGACUGUCGAGGAACGUCCAACGUCACACGCAGUGAAAACUACACCGGGCUGCCUUUCAUCAUUACCAUCAAGUACGGGAGAGUAUUCGCAGGGCAACCUUUUCAAGCCAGGUGUUAGCGUGGAUCCUGCACCGGUCGCAGUAUUAACUGGCUUUAAAGUCAGCAUCGCCGAAACACAUCAUGUGGAAACUGCACAGGUGCAAUGCUUAUCAACCUCACCUGCAGUGGAAGGCCCUUCAGAUCAUCCUCCAGACCCACCUGCUGUUGCACCUCAAGCAGACGAAGUCGCGGGUGCAGUGUGCAUGAUGCCGUCGUCUUUCAGCAGAGAAAGAGCUAAGGCUGGCAAAGAAGGCAAGCUUGCAAAACGUUCGGGAUACAUUGUAAUAACGUUUAUUGCCUUUUGGAUGCCGCUCAUUAUAUCAGUGCUUAUGAAUCCCUUCACUCUCCACAACCCCGGGACCGUGCAGAAGAUUUUAGAAGUGGAAACAUUUGCCGUUGCAUUGGCGUGCAUGACAGCGGCUGUAAACCCAAUAACGUACGCAGUGGUAAAUCCACAAUUCCGGUCAGAGUUUCGGCAACUCAAGACAAAAUAUAAAUCCAAAUUAUUUUCAAAAACAUAGAAGACCGUUUUAUUAACCCUUCAAUUCUAUAUAAUCUAUGACUUAAAACACAAAACUUUCAAGUUUUCUUGAGGUGGUAUAACAGAACAGAAGCUUCUAUUUUUUAAACUAAAUUGCAAGGAUCCACAGCCGAAUCGUCGUUUUCCCUCUUCUCUUUUCAGCAUGGAAUCAACCUAUUACUUGUUCCUUUGCAGCCUACGCAUGCUGACGCAGGGACCCACCUGAACUACUUCUGAUAAUUAUGAGUGCUAACGUUUGAGACACACUUCAGACCAGCAGGUUGUCGAUGUUUUAUCUGGAAUUAGAAAUAGAAUUGAAAAAUGAAGAAGUAAAAAUAGAAUUUCCCGUUACUGGUCCAAAUAAUCAGCUAUGCUGUACAUCGACAAUGAAAUAACCCAAUACAAGGAAUUUGCUAGGUGUUAUAUUUGAAUUUAGCCAUUUUCCAGUUCUACAUUUGAUCAUACUGUACAUUUUUAACAAUUUAAUUUACGAGAGUUGUACCCAUUUAUCCUUGGAAGCUCUGUCCUAUUUAUAUAUACAGCCACUAUAGGAGUCUUUGUGCUUGAUGCACUGGAUGUUAUCAGUAAUCUUCAUGUGUCCAAACUAUGAAGACCUAAGACACAUUCAUUUUGAGCUUUGCAUGCUACUGUAUUUUCUUCAAUCUUGCACAACAUAAAAUUGGCUUGCAGGAUUUUUGUAACAUUUACAAUAUUAUGUUGAUUAUAGUGUAUUCAUCACUGAUUUGUAUCAAUGAUUUUCUUUGUAAUAUACUAUAUCGCCAUUUCAACUUGGUUUCAAGAGUUUCAAAAGUACACUUUUGUUCUUUUUUUUCUGUCAAUAUACGCAUUUGCAAACCACUUGAUUUCAUUGCAUGUUAAUACAUUGCAUGUUAAUACAAUAUAAGAGGAAAAAUACUGUUGUUUUUAAGUCUAUAAAAAGUACUGUUAGCCAAAAUACAAUGGCCCAACAAUGAACACCUCUAAACAAAAUGCAGCUUGGCUAACCCUUAACAUUUCACUGGACAAUCUAUAAAAUUAGGUUGCUGGACAGAGGUCAAUCUUAUUUUAAAUAGACAUUGCACUAUCAAGGCAAAUGAAAUUACAAAACAAAGAAUGCUUCUGGAAAGCUUAGAUUAGAUACGCAAAAAAAAAAUAUCCCCUUAGUUUUUUUCUGAUAUGUCAGACAAAUACUGCCAUAAUAAAUGAAGCUCAAAUACUAAUACAAUCAUGAUGCCUUGUUUUCCAAUUUGGCCAGCUUCCUAAAUAACUUAUCCAUGGCCUGGUGAAUAAUCAAAAUGUUCUACAAGAAAAGGGCAGCCAUAGACCACAGUAAUAUACAAUACAACAACAACCUCAUUAGUUCCAUUUAUGACUCCUUCAGUAAAACAAUACAAUACUGUGUCUCAAUUGACAUCUCAUGGACUGCCCUUCUGUGCUACAGUUUUCCUCCACACUUGCACAAACUACAGUAACCUAGUGAUUUCUGUCCGCCUCUUUACGUUUGCAUAUGGAUGGCCCAUUAUAAUGGCCUGGCUUGGGAACCAUUCUGUGAUCAAUAUGUACAGCUUUGAAUCCUCCAUUGUCUCAAAUUUGAAACAAGGUAAAUUCCUGUUCUGUGGAUCAAACCCCCAAAUUUGACAUUGCAGCCCGACUGUACUGGUAGUUCAUAUUCAUCCAUGUCUACUGAGCCUGUAUUUUCUGGGAGGUAUAAAGAUCAUAGUGUAAAUCUGUAUCUGACAGAGCAAAUUACUUGAAGUAGUUCUGCAUCUAUCAUUCUCUGGCAAGGACAAUACAGUAGCCAGAUUAAAGUCUGCAAAGCAGUAUUCUUAUUCUGUUUAUAAAAAGUUAGAGGUGAUGGAAUCUUCGUCUGCUGGUUAUGUAUGAAUUUUCAAACGGAUAACUAAAAUAAAUAAUACAACUAGAAGACAAACUGAAUUUGUGAUAAGUUUUGGCUCAUAAAUCAAAACAAAUGAGCCAAUAAACUGUAUUACUCGUUUCUGACAUACAAAAUUACAUUUUUAUGUACUUCUGAACUUCUGUUCAUUCCAGUGUACAUGUUUAAUAUUUAAAGCAAUGCUAUACUUAAUUCAUUUCUCACAAAUCUAUGAAUGUGUAAUUUAUUUUGAAGACACCAUUUUGACCCUCGUGUUCAUAUUCCUAAAGUGGUGUUUCCAUUAUGUACGUUGAAACACACUGCACUGGGCAAGCAUUAAAAGACUUGAGGACAGGCGCUUUUUCAUGUAGUAUGUGAGCAAGACACUUCUCAUGGAGGCAUAAGAACACAUUGGUAAGAGUCUCUCCACGUAUGGAAGGCUGCACUGAGAUAACCAAUUUCUGAGAUUGGCAGUGUGAAGAUGUUGGGGACCCUAAAUUAUAAAAUUAUGUAACAUGUUCUGCAAAGCAGUUUAGGAUCGUUAGUCUUUUGCAACAAUUUUCUCUUUAUGGUUCCUGAUUUGUCAGGACUCAGCUGAGAAUGGCUGAUAAGUUGUGGUUGCCACUGGGAGCCAACCUGCAGGUGAAACAUAGCAAGUUGAACGAGUUACAUGGAAUGCCUACCAACUUCAAUAGGAAAGAUUAGUGUUUAGAAUAAGCGUGAUAGCAGUGAUUAGCUACAGCAUGAGGAAAAGUAAUGUUAUUUUUUAUAAUAUUGUAUGUUGAGUUUUGCUAUGUAAA